AUAUAUACAAGUAGAAAAAUAAUGUAUCCCUAUAUCUUCACCGGGCUCGCAUUUGACGCUGUAAAAUGUGACGGAAAAUGUUGCUUUAUUCUAAUGGCUAAACCUAACCUAAAGUAAAAAUGAUUAAAAUUGGGUUUUCAUAAAAACCCAGCCAAUUGUAGGAGUCAAUAUUCUAAGCCAAUCGUGUGAGCGCGAUAGAGGGCUAACCCCUUUUUUCAGCCAAUGCCGGAGCGUGAGGGGCGGGACCACUGGACGAAUUGUACGUCUUCGGUACAGUUACCGCGUGUGCCUGAGCGAACCGCGUCACACGCCUCGGAGCAUCGACAGACGUAUAAAAGGUCCACGGAGCGAAGUUACGCAACGCAGCCCGGAGUCACCUUUUCGGCUGGGGGGAAGUGGCAAACCACCUUGCGGGCGUGGGCCACCAUGGAAAAAGUCAGCAAAGACACUAAGACUAACCCGUCAGCCACCGCGGGGCUUUUGUCAAAGAUAUUCUUCUGGUGGCUCAAUCCUUUGUUCCGCACCGGAUACAAGCGCAAGUUGGAGGAAGAUGACUUGUACGAAGUGCUCCCGGAGGACAGGUCUGAGAAACUGGGACAGGAUCUACAGAGAAUCUGGGAUCAUGAGUUGCAGAAGGCUACCAAAGAGCUACGCACGCCUGGUCUCUCAAAGUGCAUCAUUCGGUGCUAUUGGAAACCUUACGCUGUGCUGGGAUUCUUUACGCUCGUCGAAGAGAUAAUCAAAGUGAUCCAGCCCGUCCUCUUGGGACAGAUGAUCCUGUACUUUGAGCAUUACGACCCGGAGAACAUGACGGCUCUUUACCAGACUCUGGGCUACGCAGCCGGCAUGUCUUUGUGCACCAUCGGCCUGGCCUUGCUCCACCACCUCUACUUCUACCACGUCCAGAGGGCAGGCAUGAAGAUCCGAGUGGCCAUGUGUCACAUGAUCUACAAUAAGUCUCUGCGUCUUAGCAGUUUGGCCAUGGGGAAGACCACCACGGGCCAGAUCGUCAACCUCCUUUCCAACGAUGUCAACAAGUUUGAUGACGUGACGAUCUUCCUGCACUUCUUGUGGGUGGGGCCCCUCCAGGCAGCAGUGGUUGUGGGCCUGCUUUGGGUCGAGAUUGGCCCCUCGUGCUUGGCGGGCAUGGUGGUCCUCAUGUUCCUCAUGCCUUUGCAGACCAUGUUCGGAAGGCUCUUCUCCAAGUUCAGGAGUAAGACUGCGGCCUUCACUGACAACAGAAUCCGCACCAUGAACGAGGUGGUGUCCGGAAUGCGCAUCAUCAAGAUGUACGCCUGGGAGAAGCCCUUCUCUGCUCUGGUCUCUGAGGUCAGAAGGAAGGAGAUCUCCAUGAUCUUGAAGAGCUCCUACCUGCGAGGCCUCAACAUGGCCUCCUUCUUUUGCGCCAGCAAGAUCAUCCUCUUUGUCACCUUCACCCUCUACGUCCUCCUGGGGAACACCAUCACCGCCAGCCGCGUGUUUGUGACGGUGUCGCUCUACUCCGCCGUGCGCCUCACCGUCACGCUCUUCUUCCCGAGUGCCAUCGAGAAGCUGUUUGAGAGCCGAGUCAGCAUCCGCAGGAUCCAGGAGUUCCUGUUGCUGGAUGAGAUUGUAAAAAACAAAACUAUUGUUCCACAUAUGGGAGAAAAUGAGGCCUUAGUGGAGAUCCAGGACCUGGUGUGCUACUGGGACAAGAGUCUGGAUGCUCCGACCCUGCAGAACCUCUCCCUCACUCUGAGGUCCAACCAGUUGUUGGCUGUGAUUGGACCGGUGGGAGCGGGAAAGUCAUCGCUGCUGAGCACCAUUCUCAGAGAGCUGCCUUUGGAUAAGGGGGAGCUGGAGGUCAACGGUCAGCUGACGUACGCCGCCCAGCAGCCCUGGGUGUUCCCUGGAACCAUCCGCAGUAACAUCCUGUUCGGGAAAGAGCUCAACCCCAAGAAGUAUGAGAGAGUGAUCAAAGCCUGCGCGCUAAAGAGGGACCUGGAGCUCCUCCCAGAUGGAGACCUGACCCUCAUCGGGGACAGAGGCGCUACACUCAGCGGGGGGCAGAAAGCUCGCGUCAACCUGGCGAGGGCUGUGUAUCAGGAGGCAGACAUCUACCUGCUGGACGACCCUUUGAGUGCCGUAGAUGCUGAGGUUGGGAGACACCUCUUUGAACAGUGCAUCUGUGGCCUCCUGAAGAACAAGUCUCGGAUCCUGGUCACCCACCAGCUGCAGUACCUGAAGGCAGCCGACCAGAUUGUGGUCCUCAAGGAGGGUCACAUGGUGGCAAAGGGGAAGUACGUGGAGCUGCAGCAGUCCGGAGUGGACUUCACCUCCCUGCUGAAGGAGGAGGAGGAUCAGCAGCAGCAGCUGCCUCCUCAAGACAUCCUGAACCGGACCAGAACUCUGUCAGAGAACUCUCAGACCUCCUCGGCGCAGUCUGUCAAAGACGGAGACCAGCUCCCGGGAGAGACGGUGCAGACUGUAGCAGAGGAGAGCAGCGCUCAGGGAAACAUCGGAGUGCGUCUGUACGUCAAAUACUUGAAAGCUGGAGCCAGUGUCGUGUUUCUGCUGAUUGUCAUAGCACUCAACCUUUUGGCUCAGGCAUCAUACAUCAUGACGGACUGGUGGCUGGCUCACUGGGCCGACAAGCAAGAAGAGCUGAGCAACAGCAACAGCACCCUCCCAAACGACCUGAACACCACCACCCUCCCUCGACUGAACACCACUGCAGAGCUGGACACCACCUUCUACCUGAGUGUUUAUGGAGGUCUGACUGCUGCCACCAUUGUUUUUGGCUUCGCCAGGAACCUCUCCCUGUUCCACGUGCUGGUGAAGUCUGCCCAGUCUCUGCACAACAGCAUGUUCAACUCCAUUCUCGGGACACCCGUGCGCUUCUUUGACAUCAACCCUAUUGGAAGAGUCCUGAACAGGUUCUCAAAGGACAUUGGCCAGCUGGAUUCUAACCUGCCAUGGACCUUUGUAGACUUCAUUCAGGUGUUCCUGCAGAUCCUUGGGGUGAUCUGCGUGGCGGUGUCUGUGAUCCCCUGGAUCAUCAUCCCAGUGGUCCCCCUCCUCUUCCUCUUUUUCUACCUGCGACGCUAUUUCCUGCAGACCGCCAGAAACGUCAAACGCCUCGAGGCCACCACUCGCAGUCCGGUGUUCUCCCACCUGUCGUCGUCUCUUCAGGGCCUGUGGACCAUCCGAGCCUUUGGAGCAGAGGAGCGGUUCCAGAAAGACUUCGAUGCACAUCAGGACCUGCACUCAGAGGCCUUUUUCCUGUUCCUCACCACCUCUCGCUGGUUCGCCGUUCGUCUCGACGGCAUGUGCUCCAUCUUUGUUACCGUCACCACGUUCGGAUGCCUGCUGCUCAGAGACCAGUUGGACGCUGGGUCGGUUGGUCUGGCUUUGAGCUACGCAGUGACACUGAUGGGGAUGUUCCAGUGGGGGGUCAGGCAGAGCGCGGAGGUGGAGAACAUGAUGACCUCGGUGGAGAGAGUGGUAGAGUACACUGAACUAGAGAGCGAAGCACCCUGGGAGAUGGAGAAGCGCCCUCCUCCCGAUUGGCCCAGCAAAGGCCUAGUGACCUUUGACCGGGUCAGCUUCUCAUACGGUGGCAAUGGACCAACAGUUCUGCACGACAUGACGGCAACGUUCCGGCCCAAAGAAAAGGUGGGCGUUGUGGGUCGAACAGGUGCUGGGAAAAGCUCUCUGGUCUCAGCUCUGUUCCGCCUGGCAGAGCCUCAGGGCAAGAUCUACAUCGACGGUGUCCUGACCUCUGAGAUCGGCCUCCACGACCUGCGCCAGAAGAUGUCCAUCAUUCCUCAGGACCCGGUGCUGUUCACAGGCUCCAUGAGGAAGAAUUUGGACCCUUUCGAGCAGCACAGUGAUGAAGAACUGUGGAAGGCUCUGGAAGAGGUACAGCUGAAGCCUGUGGUGGAGGAGCUGCCGGGGAAGUUGGAGACGGUUCUGGCCGAGUCGGGGGCCAACUUCAGCGUGGGCCAGAGGCAGCUGGUGUGCCUGGCCAGAGCCGUACUGAGAAAGAACCGCAUCCUGGUGAUCGACGAGGCCACGGCUAACGUGGACCCCAGGACUGAUGCGCUGAUCCAGAAAACGAUACGGGACAAGUUCAGUGAAUGCACCGUGCUCACGAUCGCUCACCGGCUCAACACCAUCGUAGAUAGUGACAGGAUACUGGUCCUCGAUGCAGGGAGAAUUCAUGCCUAUGAUCAGCCUUACAACCUGCUGCAAGACACAGAGGGGAUUUUCUACAAAAUGGUGCAGCAGACAGGCAAGCAGGAGGCUGCAGCUCUACUAGCGGCCGCUAAACGGGUGAGUUUAGCGGCUGCUGUUCGCGAAACAUUUCCACGCCGAACCCAAUCUCACUUUGUAAACAAUGUUUCUUCAGGUGCAUGACAGCAGAAGCCAUAGCGACGAAUGCGAGUCGCCGAACAUUUUCUUUGAGACGGCUCUGUGAGCCUUUGUCACUGGUGCACUCCAGCAAAGCCAAAUACAACCACUGUGUCAUUUCCAAAUCACUAUUUAUUUUGUGGCCUUAGCUGCAUAAUCCUUACAGUGCCUUAUUUGAAGUUGGCAGCAUUUUGUUCAUGUUAAUCAAUAGCAGAACUUUUAUCUAUCCAUAAGUGACUUGUACUAUUAACAUUUAUAUAAGAAAUGUUUUAAGAGUUUUAGAUUUUAUACUGUUCACUGUACUGAUUUUGAAGUUUACAAGUCAGGUGACAAUCAGAACACAGCUGCUAUGACUAAGUGUUCAUUUCUGUUUAAAAGCUGUAUAAACACCUACAAUCUUAUUGACAAAACUUGAAUAAAGUACUCAAUUGUGACAGAA